GGCUCGGUUGUCCGUCGAGCUGAGCUGAGCUGAGCUGGCUGUUCGGGGGGCUCCGUUGCUUUUCCCUCGGUUUUCCUUUACGGACUUCAGUUUUCCAUGCUUCUCAGACUAGCGCACUACUGCUCCGGUCAACGUUAAUUCUACACGCUACCCGGCCGAGCGUUAAUAGUCUAGAGUCGUGUUUUAAGAGAAAAACCCGCUCGUUUGUUCGACGACAUGGACUCCGCCAGUCAAGACAUCAAUCUGAACUCUCCAAAUAAAGGCCUGGGCUCUGACUCUCUAUCAGAGGUGCCACCAGAGAGGGGUGCAUCUGGUGUUACCCCUGUAACACUCCCCCCGGGGCUCACAGAGGAGGAGGCUGAGGAACUGAGGCUUGAACUGACCAAGGUGGAGGAAGAGAUCCAGACCUUGCGGCAGGUGCUGUUGGCCAAAGAGCGCCAUUCGUCAGAACUGAAGCGCAAACUGGGCCUCAGUCCUCUGAGCGAACUCAAACAGAACAUCACCAAAGGCUGGCAGGACGUCCAGACCUCAAAUGCAUAUCUUUCAGCCUCCGCCACUCUGGAUGACAUUGCCCACUCUGAAGUGUACAAGAAGACUCAGGAAACACUGUCUCAGGCAGGACAGAAGACCUCUGCUGCCUUCUCCACCAUGGGCUCUGCUAUCACUAGGAAACUGGGAGACAUGAGAGCUCUGCCUUUCUCUAACUCCUUUGGUAGCAACUACUCCAUUCGCCAUUCGAUAAGUAUGCCAGCCAUGAGGAACUCCCCAACCUUCAAAUCGUUUGAGGAUAAAGUCGGGAACAUCAAGUCUAAGGUGGUUGGAGGGAGAACCAACGGUGAUGGCAUCCAGUCUCCAACCGACCCGAACCCUGUGCAGGACAAAGCUCCGUUCUGAGCCAUGGCACUACCAACUGGACACUCAUUUCAUCCCUUAAUGAAGCCUGACCCUCUACAGCUGCCAUCACUUCUCUCGCUCUUUCUCUGUCCACUUCUCUCCCUCUCUACUCCAGCACCUCUUCCACCAACGCUUGCAUGAGCUCAUCUCACCUCAUCACUCACACACACACAGGCACAUGAACACCCACACUACAGCUUGCGUGACAUUCAAAAGUCAUCCAAAAGAGGUUGUACAAAAAGAGAAAUGUUAAACCAUUUUGUAUUAUAAAGUAUUUUACACUGCUUUGCAUAAUGUUUUUACAUAACUUUUAUCUAUAUAUGAAUAUAAAUAAAUACAAAUAACUAUAUUUAAACUCUACUGCCAAGCAGCAUUCAUCAGAUGGUUAUGGGGUAAAAGAGAGGAGAACCUAUGGAGAUGGAGGGGAGGGGCUAACAUCAGAACUACUCACAAAAGAGGAACGUGCUGCAGUUUUCUAUGCUGCUGAUUAUUAAUUUGAGUCCUUUUUUACUCCGAGUACAAUGUGAAGCAACGCUUUGCUGUACUGUAUUUGGUGAAUGUCUAAUCCUCUCUGUCUGCCUUACACUUGCACUCUGUUGCUUUUUUUUUUUUUUUUUGCUGGUCAAAGCAUGUUGAAUUUAAGGUUUUCUCUUUCCCGGUUCGGUCCUCUUCUGCCUUUGCAUCUAUUUCUUUGGUUUCUUUGGUAUGACAUCAAAGGGGUUGUUUUGUUUGCGCUUUGUCUAAAUUAGAGUCUGCCAGCCUUUGCUUUGUGCCACUGCUUUACCAGCGAUCUGAGGCCAUUUAAAGACCUUUUGCUGUUGAAACGAAGAGCUGUUUCACCAACUAUCACUCACACUAACUUCCACAUAAGUGUCACUAUGAAAUAUAGCUCUUGCGUUAGCCUGCACUAACCCCAACAUGUAAAACACUGACUAAAGACCAGUGGUGUCAAAACUCCUUUUUGUUAUCUACAUUGUUACACAAGACUGCUUACUUGUACGGAAUGGUAGCACGGUCACUUUUUAUUUAAAACCCAGUGAGUUAGAUUGAAUUUUUGGCCAAAUUUAGUUAUUUUUUCUCUUUUUUUUUUUUUUUGGACAAAUGAAACCUUUUCAGUUUGCCUCCUUCACCUGUAUUUCAGCAUUACCUCUUUUCUAUGUAUCAGUAGUAGUUUACAACACAUUAUCAUAUACUGAGCUGAAAUUCAAGGGAUUCUUUAUGAUAGGUUUGCCAGAAAUAUGUACGUAAUGAGCUGCCAGUAAUACACAGGGGAAGUUGGCCAUUGGGAUCCAUCUUACGACAUUUAUAGGGUCAGUGGCUCUAGCUCUAGUUAUCACAGAGACAAAGAUGUAGUGAAGCAUGUUUUCUGAAGAAAACGAUAGAACACCAUCGAGCUACAUGUGUGUAAAUGGGACUGGCUGUUGUAGAGAGCACGAGCACCAUAUAGCUUUAAUUUAGGGUUCGUAGCUUAGGUAGGUGUACAAAAUGAAAGGAUUUGGUUUUCUUUUGAGACCUUCGUGGAAUACUUAUCAUUUAUGUUCAUGUCUGUGUUUAUGUUUGUAUAUCAAUAAAGCAUUCCUUCAAAUGAC